AUGUUCGACUUCGGAGCGCUCGGACGCCGUCUCCAAGAAAUCACCAACAACGCCAAAGAGACGGCGCCGGUCACGAAAGCACCUCCAAUCCCGGCCGCAAAGAGCCAUAAAAAGACUCUUGAUACUGCCCGUGACCAAGAUAUUGCCACGAUGGUUAUUGCCGCCGUUGACAUUGGAUCCAAGUGCGAAUACCUGCACGGCGUGGCCCACCAUUUCGUCGAUGGGUACGACACCAACAAGAUCCGCAUGUGGGAAAGGGAGCACUUGCGCCUGUUCAAGUUCAACAUCAGCCACACCCACUGCCUGCACUUCCUGCGUGUUUUCCAGUUCAUGACGCAUGAUCUGAUGGCCGAAAAGAAUCUCCAAGGCGCUUGGACCUUGAUGAAAGCACUGGGAUGCUUGGCUAUGGCGCACUUCACGACUGCCAAGCAGCAACCAUCUCUGCUCGCGGCCGCCGUCGCCCGUGUGACAUUCGAGAUGCUCCAUCAACGCGGAAUCAUUGCCUCUGCAGAGCCAUCGGUUUUGCUGCAUCUUCAUCACGUCGAAUCUGAGCAUCUGCCGGUUGCGAUCGCGCUCGUGGAGUGGCUGCAAGGUUGCCCUAAGCCCAUCGUUUCCAACACGCAGGUGAUGUUGUCCCGUCUCCAUCAAUCCCAGCGGAUAUUCGCGUUCGCCGCCCGCCCGUUAUCACGCUCAUCACCUCUAGCUGCCGGCACUGUCAAGAUCGAGAGGCAAGGUGAUGUCGCUGUGCUGAAAAUCGACAUCCCGAAUGUCAAGGAAAAUGUCCUGGGCGAGGCGCUGUCGGGUGACUUGAAUGAAGCCUUCAACAAAUUGGAAAAUGACGAUUCGGUCAAGGGAAUCGUCUUGAUGUCCGGCAAGCCAAAUUCCUUCGUUGCCGGCGCCGACAUUACAAUGUUGUCGAAGGCUAAAGACGUCGCUGACGCACAGAGGAUGAGCAGCGAGGGCCAGAAGCAGUUCGCUCGAUUGGCUGAUUCGAAGAAGCCGAUCGUCGCUGCCAUUAUGGGAUCGUGCCUGGGUGGUGGUCUGGAGCUUGCUAUGGCUUGCCACUACCGCAUUGCUGUCAACGACAAGAAGACGCAACUCGGCUUGCCAGAGGUGAUGCUCGGUCUUCUUCCCGGGGCCGGUGGAACGCAGCGCUUGCCUAAGCUGGUCGCGUUGCCGACAGCGCUGGACAUGAUGCUCACCGGGAAAAAGCUGAAGGCCAAGAAAGCCAAGCAAGCGGGCCUUGUUGACUCCGUCGUCGAACCCCUAGGUGAUGGACUGGGACCCGCUUCGGAAAUCACGCACAAGUAUCUUGAAGAGAUCGCUAUCACGGCAGCCAAAAAUCUCAUCAAUGGCUCAUUGAAGAUCGAUCGCACGCGCCCAUUGCUCGAACGUGUUACAAGCGCUGUAACGAACAAUCGGCUGGUACUAGACAAUGUCGUGCUGAAAAUGGCCCGUGAUAAGGUGAUGAAACUGACGAAGGGAAACUAUCCGGCGCCAUUGAAAAUUCUGGAAGUCGUACGCGAGGGAAUUGUCGGUGGCCCGGCCAAAGGCUAUGCUAUGGAAUCUCAGUAUUUCGGUGAACUGGCAAAGACUACACAAUCAGCCGCCUUGAUCGGUCUCUUCAAUGGAUCGACUGAUUGCAAGAAGAACAAAUAUGGAGAAGGCCGACCUGUCAAGGAGAUUGCCGUUGUCGGUGCUGGCUUGAUGGGCGCUGGAAUUGCCAAUGUCACCAUUGACAAAGGCAUUCGUUCGGUGCUUCUUGAUGUCAACCAGUCGGGCUUGGAGCGCGGCCAGAACCAGAUUCUGACCCAUCUUUCCACGGCUGUCAAACGGAAGAGGCUGAGCCUUUUGGAAAAGGAGAGGAUCGUCACCAACCUCGAGGCGACCACCGACUACAGCCGGAUGAAGAAUGCUGAUAUUGUCAUCGAAGCCGUCUUUGAAGAUCUUUCCCUGAAGCACAAGGUGGUCAAGCAGAUUGAGUCCAUCGUCCGUCCGGAAUGCAUUGUCGCAACCAACACUUCCGCUCUGCCAAUUGCCGAUAUCGCCAAAGCCAGCGCCCGCCCGGAAAAUGUCAUUGGCAUGCACUACUUCUCGCCGGUGGAAAAGAUGCAGCUUCUUGAGAUCAUCACCCAUGAAGGGACCUCCAAGCAAACCAUCGCUACUGCUGCUCAACUGGGUCUGAAGCAAGGAAAGCUGGUCGUCGUGGUCAAGGUGGGACUGGACGUGGCAGAGCAUGUUGCUCAUUUCCUCUCGGGCGCCCUCGGAGCGCGAGUGGGCGGCGGAAACCCACAGAUUUACACGGAUCUGGUGGCAGCUGGCAUGAAGGGAAGGAAGUCGAACAAGGGCUUCUACAAUUAUGGGGAUGGCAAGAAGGGCAGCAAGAAGGCGAACGAGGAGGCCCUAAAGAUUAUCAAGAAAUACCGCGUGGCCGCCCCAGCCGACGUCAGCAGCGUUGAGGACCAGCAGAUCAGAGUGCUUUGCCGCUUCAUCAACGAAGCCAUGUACUGCCUUCAAGAGGGUGUGAUUAGCCAACCGUCUGACGGCGACAUCGCUUCGGUGUUUGGCGUUGGCUUCCCGCCCUUCUGGGGUGGCCCCUUCCGCUUCGUCGACCUCUACGGAGCCGAAAAGCUCGUCACCAAAAUGGAUAAGUACUCCCGCGCCUAUAACCGCGAACAGUUUGCGCCGGCUCAGAUUCUCCAGGAUUACGCGAAGUCUGGCAAGAAGUUCUAC